AGGCGGGACGUGGCGGGCCCAUGGCGCGGCGGCGGCAGCGUGUGGCCGCGGCGCUCGGGACGCCCGUCUCCUCCUCGGAGGAUGAGGAUGAGGCGGCCCCGGAGGAGGUGGCGUUCGGCGUGGCGAAGGAGGCGGCCGAGACCGAGCGGAAGCUCGCGGGAGAGGCGGCCCGCAGGCACCGGGAGCUGCUGAAGGAGAAGCGGCGGCGGCGCCAGGAGCUCUUCACGGAGCAGAAGAAACGGAAGCUGCUCCCCGAGGCGGUGCUGCAGGAGCUGGCGGCCGCGCCCCCCGCACGAGCCGACGGGCAGGCAGCCGCAGCUAAGCCAGGUAAAGGCUGUGGAGCUGGGGCUGUGAAGCAGAAACAGGGCUCAGCCCAGAGGCUGGUGAAGAAGGACAAGGGCAGAAAGGGCAGCAGGGCCAAAGGGAACUACGCUGCAGUGCGCUUAAAGGACCAGAAUGUAACAGCCCUCCACCAACAGCUGGCCAAGGACUUCUUAAACACACAGCUCUACGGCCCAGACACCAACCGGGUGCAGGCAAAUGAUUUUUUUUCCCUUGAAAACAAGAAAAACCCAGUUAAAAAAGCUGCAGUUCAGUUUGUGGACAAAUCGUGGGGAGAAGAAAAAAAGGAAAGAGCAACGAGGUUUAAAAAGCGCUGGCUCUCAACACAGAUGAAAACCUGCCUCUGAAGACGGGCUUUUUAGCAGAAGAUGCUCUUAAGGACUUCUGGUGAUUUAACCUCUCAACCCAAUAAAUGGUUUUUUUCCUUCUCUA